AUGGCGACCAAGUUUUUAGCUUUAGCUUGUUUACGUAACAAUGAGGGGUCGGGGUACCUAUCGCCACGACCUCACUACCCGUCGAUGCCGAAAUAUCCAAAGGGAGUGACAGAAGAAGAAGGAAGCAGUAACAUAUCGUCCAAGGCACUUUUCUCCGUCGUCGGAAUGACUUGCUCCGCCUGUGCUGCCUCCGUCGAGAAAGCCGUCAAGCGUCUUCCCGGAAUUCGCCAAGCCGUCGUUGAUGUUCUCAACAACCGUGCCCAAGUCCUCUUCUAUCCAUCCUUUGUUAACGAAGAGACCAUUCGAGAGGUCAUUGAAGAUGCUGGAUUCCAAGCCACAUUCAUCAGAGAUGAUAACGAGACAUCUGUUCAGAUAUGCCGCAUACGUAUCCAAGGCAUGACAUGCACGUCGUGUUCCUCCACCGUCGAAUCCGCUCUACAAUCAAUCCAAGGAGUGGUGAAAGCCCAAGUGGCUCUUGCAACUGAGGAAGCUGAAGUUCACUACACUCCAAACGUUGUUACCUACAACCAAAUCUUGGAAGCUGUUGAAGACACGGGCUUUCAGGCCACGCUUAUAAGCACAGGCGAAGACAUGAGCAGAAUAGACCUUCAAGUUGAAGGCAUAAGAACUGGUCGUUCCAUGAGACUCAUUGAAAAUUCUCUUCAGGCCCUCCCUGGGGUCCAAGGUGUAGAAACACACCCUGAGUUCAACAAAGUGUCUCUUUCUUAUAAACCAGACUUGACAGGACCUAGAAAUUUCAUCAAUGUGAUUGAAGAAACGGGAUCUAGGCGUUUCAAGGCGAAGAUUUUCCCUGAAGAAGGAGGAAGAAGGAAUAGUCAUAGGAGGGAGGAAAUCAGGCAAUACUAUAGAUCUUUCUUGUGGAGUUUGGUGUUUACUAUUCCUGUGUUUCUAACCUCUAUGGUGCUUAUGUAUAUCCCUGGAAUUAAGCAUGGAGUAGAUGCUAAAGUUGUGAACAUGCUUACAGUGGGGGAGAUUAUAAGAUGGGUGCUUGCUACACCAGUGCAGUUCAUUAUAGGGAAGAGGUUUUAUUCUGGUGCUUACAAAGCAUUACGCCUUGGCUCUCCCAACAUGGAUGUUUUGAUUGCCUUGGGGACAAACGCAGCAUACUUUUACUCAGUGUAUUCUGUGCUGAGAGCUGCUACAUCGCAGGGUUUCAAGGGGACUGAUUUCUUUGAGACUAGUGCUAUGCUUAUUUCGUUUAUUUUGCUAGGGAAGUACCUUGAGGUUUUGGCCAAGGGCAAGACGUCCAAUGCAAUUGCCAAGCUCAUGAACUUGACACCUGACACUGCUAUACUGUUGACCCUGGACAGUGAAGGAAAUGUUGUUGGUGAAGAGGAAAUUGAUAGCAGGCUGAUUCAGAAGAAUGAUGUGAUUAAAGUUAUUCCUGGUGCAAAGGUGGCUGCGGAUGGAUUUGUUAUUUGGGGUCAGAGCCACGUGAAUGAGAGCAUGAUUACAGGUGAGGCACGUCCUGUGGCUAAGAGGAAAGGUGAAACUGUUAUUGGAGGAACUGUGAAUGAGAAUGGAGUGUUGCAUGUUAAGGCUACCUGGGUUGGAUCAGAGAGUGCUCUUUCUCAGAUUGUUAGACUUGUUGAGUCAGCACAGAUGGCCAAGGCUCCUGUGCAGAAGUUUGCUGACCGCAUUUCUAAAUACUUUGUGCCUCUGGUUAUUUUAAUCUCAUUUUCAACUUGGCUUGCAUGGUUUUUAGCUGGAAGAUUUCAUGCUUACCCCAAGUCUUGGAUACCAUCUUCCAUGGAUAGCUUUCAGCUUGCUUUGCAGUUUGGGAUUUCUGUCAUGGUCAUAGCUUGUCCAUGUGCUUUAGGUUUAGCAACGCCAACUGCUGUUAUGGUUGGCACUGGAGUAGGUGCAUCUCAGGGAAUACUUAUCAAAGGAGGUCAAGCAUUAGAAAAUGCACAUAAGGUGAACUGUGUUGUAUUUGACAAAACAGGUACUCUCACAAUCGGGAAGCCUGUGGUAGUAAAUACAAAGUUGUUGACAAAUAUGGUACUCCGGGAAUUCUAUGAACUUGUGGCUGCAGCUGAGGUGAAUAGUGAACAUCCACUGGCUAAGGCCAUAGUUGAGUAUGCCAAAAAACUGAGAGAUGAUGAGAACCCCAUUUGGCCAGAGGCACGGGAUUUUGUGUCCAUUGCUGGACAUGGAGUUAAGGCCAUGGUUAGAAACAAGGAAAUACUUGUGGGUAACAAGAGCUUGAUGGAAGACCACAAUGUUGCACUUCCCAUCGAUGCUGAAGAGAUGCUUGCAGAAGCAGAAGCAAUGGCUCAAACUGGAAUUAUAGUGUCUAUUAAUAGGGAAGUAGUUGGGGUUUUAGCAGUAUCUGAUCCAUUGAAACCAGCUGCACAAGAAGUCAUUUCCAUUCUCAAGUCUAUGAAAAUUAGGAGCAUCAUGGUGACUGGGGACAAUUGGGGAACUGCCAAUUCUAUAGCAAGGGAAGUUGGAAUUGAAACAGUUAUUGCUGAGGCCAAACCAGAUCAGAAAGCAGAGAAAGUGAAGGACUUGCAGGCUUCUGGGUACAGGGUGGCUAUGGUGGGGGAUGGUAUCAAUGACUCGCCAGCACUUGUGGCAGCAGAUGUAGGAAUGGCAAUUGGUGCUGGUACAGACAUUGCUAUUGAGGCUGCUGAUAUUGUCCUAAUGAAGAGCAACUUGGAGGAUGUCAUAACUGCCAUUGAUCUUUCCAGAAAAACGUUUUCUCGUAUCCGCCUCAACUACAUAUGGGCUUUGGGCUAUAAUCUACUUGGCAUUCCAAUUGCUGCUGGAGCUCUUUUUCCUUCUACACGAUUUCGGUUGCCACCAUGGAUUGCUGGGGCUGCCAUGGCUGCAUCUUCUGUCAGUGUUGUAUGCUGCUCUCUAAUGUUGAAGUAUUAUAGGAGACCAAAGAAGCUGGACAACCUUGAGAUACGGGGCAUAAGCAUUGAGUGAUGUGAAAUAUGGUGCAGAAGAAUUCAGGGUGGGGCUUGUGUUUGCUAUUGUGUGUUACUGUUAGUGUUAGUGUUACUAGUAGGUGGUCACUUGUUCUCUCUAAUGUUGAAGUAUUAUAGGAGACCCAAGAAGCUGGACAACCUUGAGAUACGGGGCAUAAGCAUUGAGUGAUGUGAAAUAUGGUGCAGAAGAAUUCAGGGUGGGGCUUGUGUUUGCUAUUGUGUGUUACUGUUAGUGUUAGUGUUACUAGUAGGUGGUCACUUGUUCAGUUGUCUGUUACUAUUUAUAUAUAUCAAUAACUUGGACAUUUGUCACUUGACAGAUGACCAUUAAGUUGUCAAUAUUGCUUGCAUGAUUAUGUUUUCCAUGUAAAAAAUUCUCUGAUGUUGGAAUAAUGUACAAAUGGAAAUCCUUCAAGUCGUAUGUUUUACCCUCAAGUAAUGAUAUUUGCACCCGCAAAAUUUACAGGAAUCAA